AUGUCGCUGUCAGGACUCCGGAAACAAUUUAACAAAGCAAAUCAGUACUUAUCGGAGACCAUGGGUGCCGCUGAAGCCACCAAACUUGAUGACCAGUACAAUGAUAUGGAAAAGCAUAUUGAUACGACAUACGAACUUAUCAGUGCACUCGUUGCUGGUACAAAUGAGUAUCUUCAACCCAAUCCAGCAACAAGAGCAAAGAUGGCAACAAUGGGUGCUAUAUCCAAGGUUCGUGGCACAGUGAAGACGUCUCCAUAUCCACAAACCGAAGGGAUGUUAGCUGACACAAUGCACAAAUACGGAAGCGCCCUCGGGGAAUCCAGCGAUCUCGGAAAGGCGUUGUUGGAAGCAGCAGAAGCAUAUCGUCACAUGGCGGAUAUAAAAUAUCAGAUGGAGGAAAAUGUGAAACAGAACUUCAUAGAUCCUUUGACUCACCUGCAAAAUAACGAACUGAAAGAUGUUAAUCACCAUCGAACUAAGCUGAAAGGACGUCGCUUGGAUUACGAUUGUAAGAAACGACAACAACGAAGAGAUGACGAGCUUAUCCAAGCCGAAGAAAAGCUUGAAGAAUCUAAAAGAUUAGCGGAAAUGGCCAUGUUCAAUGUACUCAGUAAUGAUGUUGAGCAAGUGUCACAACUUCGCGCCUUAGUGGAUGCACAGCUAGAUUUUCACCGUCAAACUUGUCAAGUGCUUGAAGGACUCCAAGCCCAGCUCGGUUCAAGAAUUAAAGAGGCGAGCUGCCGUCCACGAACGGAACAUCAUCCACUUCCAGUGUUGUCCAAUCGAACUCCUCGUUCUAGGUCACCAGCUCCAGACGGUGUGGUGAUGGGAGCGCAAUCGCACAGCGGUUAUGAACAACCGCCACCUUAUUCAAAUGGCGGUGGACCAUUCCAAGCACCACCAUCGUCAGCUAUGCCAGUGACUCACGCCGCUCCUCCCCAGCAACAAAAACCGUCCGCGAAAGCAAUGUUCGACUUUGAGGCACAGAGUGAAGGAGAGCUUAAUCUGAAAGAAGGACAAGUAGUGGAGCUGAUUUCACAAGUCGACGAAAACUGGUUUGAAGGUCGCUUAAACGGAAAAAGCGGCUUAUUCCCUGUUACUUACGUGCAAGUGUUAGUUCCCCUAAGGUGA